UUCGAAUUUUCUUAAUUUCUUUGCUGUUUCAUAUUUCGACGUCGUGAUACAUUUAAAAGAAAUAUCUUUGAGAUCGUCUCAUAAAUUGAUUUGAAAGAAUCUGAAGAAUUCGGUAACACUGAAAUUACAUCUUCCUGAACCUAUUGAGCCAAAUGAAGAUCAACGACCGGAAAUCUCUGUUUACAAAACGAGCAGCUUUCUUCCGGGCCCGAAAUCCGGUCCACAUCCCUAAUCAAUUCCUCAGCCCCCGAAAGUGAAAUUAGUUUUCGUGGUCGGCCCUUGGCUCGCGUUUGGAAUACUUGAUCAGACUUGGCAAGUGGAUCGUCGUUCUAGAUUUUGCUCGAAGGCCUACUUUCUUCUUCUUCUUGCACACAAUGAGCUGUUAUUACGAGUUCGGUGCACUGUCAUUACGCACCGUAUUUAUCCAACAAUGUCAAAAUAUCGAGACCGGAUCGAUUUCGGGGGCUUUCCCCCGCGCCAUACGGCCGGCGAUAAUUUCACUGUCGACUAAUUAGCUUGAUGGCGGGUUUCUAAAAGCGGUUUCGGGAUGAAAAGGGAAUCGCACGUGUGAAAGUCGGGGGGCUCUGGCGCGUGCCACGAGAGGAGGGGCCUCCACUGUACCAGAAGCCCGGCUUUGAUAGACAGCAGUUCGCUCAUCGCGAUUGCAAAGUGUGUAGUCUUCGUCUUGAGCAUUUUCAAGACCGAGAUUUCGCGCCAAAGCGGAACAGUUUCCGGUUAAGAGAAGCGAGUGGUUUUUCAAUUUGCGGUUUAGUUUUUUCACAGCUGCAAAAUGCCACCGGUGAGAUGGAAACCACUGCCAGCUCUAGUCGUCUGUGUGUUCCAUCUGGUGUUUUACACAGAUGCUCAGAUUAGACAGGAUACUGUGUCCAUGACGGCCGAUGGGUGGAAACCCAUUGUUGGGACCCGACGACCGGGGUAUUAUGAGUUUAAGUCGGAUAGUAGCGAUAUUUACAAGUAUGAGGUUUUUUCGACUCCGCCACCGACUAAUACGGCCCUGCCUCCGACUGCCAGCGCAGGGCCGGAGCAGAAGCCGUUCCGGGGGUCGCCGAAACCGGCGAACAAGCCCACAUUUGAGGGGAAUAAAUUUCCAGGACGAAAAAUUCCGCACCAGAAGCACCCCCAACACAACCCCUACUUUACUCUCCCCAAUUACGACUCCCACGGCCCCCACAUCCCCCUGGGUGCCGUAAUUCACACCCGCCCCAGCCAGAUCGGCCAUAUCAAGCCCCUUGCAACUUCCAUCAAACCCUUUAUACAAAUAUCACCCAGCAGCAAACGAAACAUCAAACCAAUCCGGAUACAAACAUCAACAAACAACUACCGGGAUGAUAUUUUUACAGCCUCGGCAACUUCCGGGUUUCCAGGCACCUACACCCAUUUUAAAACACCGACCAGUAACAUCCGGACACGUGAAACAAUAGACUUGGGCCUUCCGGGCGCCAAUCACUAUUCGAUAAACCAGCCCCACGCCCACAUUGAGUUCGCCAAUCGGUUUGCUUUGCCCCCCACCAGCGAAAGCGUCUUCCAACAGUACAACAAUCCGGCAAUCCCGGCUUUUAUCUUCUCAAAACACCCCCAAAGUAAUGACGUUAAUUAUCAGUUCAACACUCAGGAGGAUUUCACCCGGAAUUUGGUACCGCCGCCUCAGAUUUACCGCAAUAAGGAGGCCGGGACUGAAAAAGUGAAAGAAAAGGGAAAAGUUCAGGAAAAUGUUGUUCUGCAAGUACCACCACCCUUCCAGUUCCAGAAGGGCAAUGAUCCAGUUCAAGUUCAAGUCACUAGAGAGAAGAUUCAAGAGUUUCACAAUAAUGUACCACCUGGGUUUGAUGGGCAAUACGUCGAGUACGAUUUUUCGGGAGUGAGACAGCCUACAGUACCAUCGAAACCUGUAUAUGAGGUGACUGAGGGUAAAUGGGAGGAACCACCGUCCCAACGACCAAUCCGAACGAGAAAACCUAGUCAACCUAAGAGACGUCCCGAAAUCACUCCAGAAGUUCCCGUUUUUCUACCGACGCCUUACAAACCUGAUGGGCAAAGCGGAAUUAUCCCGACUUCACCCACCCAAAGCGAGGUAUCAACAAUUUUCACAAAAUUAUCGAAAUUACAACGAGAAAAAGCCUACACAACACCUAGUCCCAACGAUUACAAUGUGAAAGAAGUUUCAACACAUUAUCCCGUUUUUGGAAAGCCUGUUUUUGCAAAUCCGCCACCUUCCGACGAAAUUUCAAACGAUAUAACGACACCACAUGAAGAAGUUGUGACCACAACGAAAGAACCACAACGUGUGAGGCCACACAGAAGGCGCAGACCUGAAUCCAGACGUACAACGACAACAACAACGACAGAACAACCUGAAGUUAUUGAAAAUUAUGAUUCCCAAAGGACACAAGAAAACGAAGCUUAUUCACAGUCGGUUGAAACCGAAAGACCGGUCAGAAUAAGACGACCGAGUAGAUACAGAACAACAACACCACCAAGUGAGACUAGCGAUGUCACUACGAAACCUAGUCGAGGGAGAAACAGGUACAGGACCAGAAAUGGUGAAAAUACAAGUUAUGAAUCAAUAAGAAAGAGAAUAAGGCCCUUAAGAGUGGAAACAACGCCACCAGUCUCUGAAGAAACUUACGACAGAUCGUCUGAGUCUGAAGCGGUAGCGUCUGAAAAAAGUGAAGAAAUUGAAGAUAAUCCAAAGGCUGAAACGGUUGAAUUGGAAUUGCCUGGGCGGCACUACAUCACAGAGCCUCCCAAAAAAGUCAGGUAUGAGACCAUAAGACCGUUUAUUGUGAUUACAACAACUGAGAAAGCGCCUACAACAAACUUGGUUGUUCCUGAGAAUGAAGUCGAUUCGACUUCUCUGGCCAGUGUUGAAGAAACAACAACACCAGCGCCAACGACAACAACAACAACAACAACGACUCAAAGUCCGAACAGGAUUAGAGGACGUCCGCUUAAAUUUGACAAUUCGAACAGACCCAGGUUUAGUGUCAAAGACUACAGGCAAAAGCUGAGUCAGUACAGCACAACCACAACGACUCCUGAGCCACACAGAUCAACUGAUAAUCCCAGGAUUAGGCUUCCAAGUAGGUUGCGCAGACCUACAACUUCAACCACUGCCAACAAUGAAGAGGAAAGUACCGAACCGGUGCGAUCCAGGUUUGUUCCUAAAGACCCCAGGCAUUCUGGGACAACUGAGGACACAAACGCUGCGAUAAUUACUGAGAAAAAUGUGAAAAGUGUUAAUACAAGGCUACGGCCUUUUGGACGUUACAAGUCGACCACUGCCGCCACAACAUCGACACCAAAAGUGUCAAUCAAACCGAAUCUUUUCAACAGGAAGCGACCCCCAAUGAUCAGUUUAAAGAGUCGCAUUUACGGGAAAUACAAAAAUAAUACCGAAACCACAACUGAGAAAGUGACAACAACGGAGGAGAAUGAAGUUGAGGAGAGUACUUUUGAGUAUGACGAUGCGGAGUCAACAACUGAGAGAAGCAAAGUCACUGAGGACAGUCUAGAGGUGGAUACAACUACUGUUGGUGACAUUUCCAAAAUCGAUGCUAAUUUAUACUCGGCGCGAGUCUCCGAUUUGACUUCGUCGGCUAAAAACGACUACAAUACAUUCAAAUCGGUGGCCCCCACGAGUCGAAGAAUCCCGAAUUAUUUCACGAUAGCUACCGACGACCCAAUUCUGCCCAUCGAGGCGUUUUUCCCAAACAUCAAGGAUAAAAUCAGGGAGAAGGAUUCGUAAACCAGUUUUCGUAGCCAACUGGGUAACAUCAUUUUCCGGGGGCGAAGAAAAAGACAGUAAAAUGUAAAUUAAUUUAUUGUAUAGUUGUAAUUUAUUAUAUUUUUGUAAACAAACAAAAAGUGCAAUAAACAUAAGAAUCUA